AUGCAGUCUGCAGCGUUCAGGGGGACUCGGGUGCAGCCCUUCGUGGCAUGCGCUCCUCUCACCCGCAGCCUGAAUAUCAGUCGUAGAGCUGCACCCACCCCGAUCCGCGCGAGCUUGCUGGCGCCUGCAGCGCCUAUCACUGUUCGCGGAUGGGACGGGUCUGAGUCUGGCACGCAGAACCUCUCCCUCAUUGUGGCGGAUCCAGAGACCAGCAAGGGCUUGGUGCACCGAUACCUCAUCACUGUGCGACAGAACAUGAGAGCGGGUACAGCCAGCACCCUGACGCGUGGGGAGGUGCGCGGAGGUGGCCGCAAGCCCUACAAGCAGAAGGGCACGGGCAAUGCCCGCCGUGGGAGCACUCGCUCGCCCCUCAUUGUGGGGGGCGGCGUGGCCUUUGGGCCCAAGCCCCGCGACUGGACCAUCGGCAUGAACAAGAAGGAGAGGCGCCUGGCGCUGGCCACCGCCCUGCAGUCCGCCGCACCCGACAUGGUCGUGGUGGGGAGCGUCGCCGAGGCGGUGCCCGAGGUGAAGACCAAGAACCUGGUCGCCAAGCUGGAAAGCAUUGGCGUCUUCCCCAUGGAGGAGAAGGUGCUUCUUAUUGUGGCGGAGCCCACCGAGGCUGUGGCCCUGAGCGCUCGCAAUGUCGAGAACCUGUCUGUCAACAGAGCCGAGGCCGUCCGGAUAUACGACCUCCUGAACGCGGACAGGAUCGUGGUGGAGAGCAGGGCAUUGGACUUUUUGAAUGCGCAGUUUGGGCUGGAUCUGGGCGAGGAGGAGCCGGAGGUGGAGGGCGAGCUGUCCCACACCGCUGCCUGA